AUGAAAUUCUUAGAAAAUAAACUUCUUAAGGAGGAGUGGGAUUCUUGGGAUGGAAUCCCCGAGGAGAGAGGAAUUCCUAGAAAAGGAAUGGACUCCUUGAAAAGUGGACUCUUUGAGGAAGACUCAUUUCUCUCUAAACAGACCCAAACUCUCCAAUCGCUACACAAAUCCCAUGCUUUCAUUCUCACAACUGGCAAUGCAAACAAUGUUUUUAUCUCAUCAAAACUUAUCUCUCUUUAUGCAUCUUUCAAAAAACCCCAUUCAUCCACCAAAGUUUUUGACUCAAUUGUUCAAAAAGACACCUUUCUUUGGAAUUCAAUCAUCAAAUCUCACUUUUCCAAUGGCAAUUACCUUAAAGCUUUUGACUUUUAUAUCCAGAUGAGAUAUAAUAAUACCCCACCAAACCAAUUUACCAUUCCAAUGAUUGUAGCCACUUGUGCUGAGCUUUUGUGGCUUGAAAGGGGGAAAUACAUUCAUGGGGUGGUCUCAAAAUCUGGCCUUUUUGCAGACAAUUCUGCGGUUGGAUCAUCUUUUAUUUAUAUGUAUGCGAAAUGUGGGGUGAUGGAAGAUGCAUCUCUUAUGUUUGAUGAAAUUGUUGUUAGAGAUGUGGUGUCUUGGACUGCACUUGUAACUGGGUAUGUGCAUAAUGGUGAGAGUGAGAAGGGUUUGGAGUGUCUUUGUGAGAUGCAUAGGGUUGGUGGGGAUGAUGAGAAGGUUAAUUUUAGGACAAUCGAAGGUGGGUUUCAAGCUUGUGGGAAUUCGGGUGCUUUGAGUGAAGGUAGGUGUCUGCAUGGUUUAGUUGUGAAAACUGGACUUGGGUGUUCUCAAGUUGUUCAAUCUUCUCUUUUGUCGAUGUAUUCCAAGUGUGGGAGUGUUGAAGAGGCUUAUAAUUCUUUUUGUGAAGUGGUAGAUAAAGAUGUUUUCUCAUGGACGUCGAUAAUUGGUGUUUGCACAAGAUUUGGGUUUAUGAAUGAUUGCUUAAACCUCUUUGGGGAUAUGCUGGUUGAGGAUGUGUAUCCAGAUGGAAUUGUUAUAAGUUGCAUCCUUUUGGGUUUUGGUAAUUUCAUGAUGGUGAGAGAGGGAAAGGCCUGUCAUGGACUUAUUGUAAGGAGAAAUUAUGUUUUGGACGAGACGGUUAAAAAUGCUUUGUUAUCUAUGUAUUGCAAAUUUGGAACUUUAACCCCCGCAGAGAAAGUUUUUGAAUGUGUACAUGAAAGGAAUAAAGAGUCUUGGAACACUAUGGUUUUUGGAUAUGGUAAGAUGGGAAUGGAAGAGAAAUGUAUAGAAUUAUUUAGAGAGAUGAGAAAUCUAGGCAUUCAAGCUGAUUCAAACACCUUGGUCUCUGUAAUUUCUUCAUGCUCUCAAUUGGGAGCAAUCAGUUUAUGUCUAUCAGUCCACUGUUACAUAAUUAAGAGUUCAAUGUAUGAAGAUGUCUCAAUCGCCAAUUCACUUAUAGACAUGUACGGAAAAGGCAGAAAUUUGUUCGUUGCAUGGAAAAUGUUUUCUAGGAUGCAGAGAGAUGUUGUAACAUGGAACACAAUGAUGUCAUCAUUUAUUCACAGCGGGCACUAUGCAGAGGCUAUCAAAUUAUUCGAUGAAAUGAUUUCAGAAAAUUUAAGCCCUAAUUCAGCAACAUUGGUUAUAAUGCUUUCAGCUUGCUCUCACCUUCCAUCCUUAGAGAAAGGAAAAAUGAUUCAUCAAUACGUUGAGGAAGGAGGCUUUGAGCUCAAUGUAUCUCUUGCCACUGCAUUAGUUGAUAUGUAUGCAAAAUGUGGUCAACUUGAAAAAUCAAGAGAAUUGUUCAACUCGAUGAAGGAGAAAGAUGCCAUUUCUUGGAACGUAAUGAUCUCAGGUUAUGGAAUGCAUGGAGAUGCAACAUCUGCAAUGGAGAUUUUCCAACAAAUGGAGCAAUCAAAUGUUAAACCAAAUGCACUUACCUUUCUAUCACUUCUCUCAGCUUGCACACAUGCAGGACAUGUUGAUGAAGGGAGGCAACUGUUCGAUAGAAUGCAAUAUUAUUCUGUAAAACCCAAUCUGAAGCAUUACUCUUGUAUGGUAGAUCUUCUCGGAAGAUCAGGUGACCUACAAGAUGCUGAAGAACUGGUUCAGUCAAUGCCCAUUUGUCCGGAUGGAGGUGUUUGGGGAACUUUAUUAAGUGCUUGUAAGAUUCAUAAUGAAAUUGAAAUGGCAAUAAGGGUGGCAAAGCGUGCUAUUGAAUCUGACCCAGAAAAUGAUGGGUACUAUAUAGUACUUUCCAACAUGUAUGGUUCUAUGGGAAGUUGGGAUGAGGCUGAAAGAGCAAGGAAAUUGAUGAAGGAAAGGGGAGUUGGGAAAAGAGCUGGCUGGAGUUCAGUGUUGAACAUCGGCAUGGAGUGGGGUGGGGGUGGUUCAUAG